GCCACCGCCGCCCCGUCGCGCCGCGCCAUGGCCGCCCGCUGCCUCCGCGCUGUCCCGGCGCUGAGCCGCGCCGCCGGGCUGUCCCGCUGCCCGCCCCCCGCCAUCUGCACCGCGCUGGGACCCUCGGGGCAGCGGCGGCACUAUGCCGACAGGCGGAUCAAAGUGGCCAAGCCGGUGGUGGAGAUGGACGGCGAUGAGAUGACGCGCAUCAUCUGGGCCUUCAUCAAGGAGAAGCUGAUCCUGCCCAACGUGGACGUGCAGCUGAAGUAUUUUGACCUGGGGCUGCCGCACCGGGACAAGACGGAUGAUCAGGUCACCAUCGACUCGGCGCUGGCCACCAAGAAGUACAGCGUGGCCGUCAAGUGUGCCACCAUCACGCCCGACGAGGCCAGGGUGGAAGAGUUCAACCUGAAGAAGAUGUGGAAGAGCCCCAACGGGACGAUCCGGAACAUCCUGGGUGGGACGGUGUUCCGGGAGCCCAUCAUCUGCAAGAACAUCCCACGCCUGGUGCCCGGCUGGACGCAGCCCAUCGUCAUCGGUCGGCACGCCCACGGUGACCAGUACAAAGCCACCGACUUCGUGGUGAACAAGUCCGGGACCUUCAAGAUGAUCUUCACGCCGAAGGAUGGCAGUGGGGCGAAGGAGUGGGAGGUGUUCAACUUCCCUGGCGGCGGCGUGGGCAUGGGCAUGUACAACACGGAUGAGUCCAUCUCGGGCUUUGCGCACAGCUGCUUCCAGUACGCCAUCCAGAAGAAGUGGCCGCUCUACAUGAGCACCAAGAACACCAUCCUGAAGGCCUACGACGGGCGCUUCAAGGACAUCUUCCAGGAGAUCUUUGAUAAGCACUACAAGACGGAGUUCGACAAGCUGAAGAUCUGGUACGAGCACCGGCUCAUCGACGACAUGGUGGCACAGGUGCUCAAGUCCUCGGGUGGCUUCGUCUGGGCGUGCAAGAACUACGAUGGGGACGUGCAGUCGGACAUCCUGGCCCAAGGUUUUGGCUCUCUGGGGCUGAUGACCUCGGUGCUGGUGUGCCCCGAUGGGAAGACCAUUGAGGCGGAGGCGGCACACGGCACCGUCACACGGCACUACCGGGAGCACCAGAAGGGGCGGCCCACCAGCACCAACCCCAUCGCCAGCAUCUUCGCCUGGACGCGCGGCCUGGAGCACCGGGGCAGGCUGGACAACAACCCGGAGCUGGUCAAGUUCGCUCAGACGCUGGAGAAGGUCUGCGUUGAGACCGUGGAGAGUGGGACGAUGACGAAGGACCUGGCAGGCUGCAUCCAUGGGCUGGCCAACGUGAAGCUGAACGAGCACUUCGUAAACACCACCGACUUCCUGGAUGCCAUCAGGAACAACCUGGACAAGGCCCUGGGCAAAAAGUAGAGGACCCCCCAGGUGCCGCCCGCCUUUACCUCACUGCUAACACCCCGCGAGCGGCACCUGCAGCUCCUCCACACGGCUCAGGAACGUUCCCUCAUUUUUAUAACCCAUUUUCUUACGUGUGUUUUUAAAGCGUUUCUAGGGGGGGUUGUAGGAAGGGGUGCGGGGGGGCUGUCCUUCACCGUGCUGUAAUUUAUGUAACCUCUGACCUCGUGGUGCCAAAUGGCCAUUAAACACAUCCCGGCCCGUGGUGUGCAGGGGGGUCCAUGCGCUCCUGGCACAGCAGGCAGCAGCAGCUAAAGAA